AUGCGUGGUCCAAGAAAACUGGAAGUGGUAGAAGUCAAAUCUCGACAAAUCACUAUCCGCUGGGAGCCAUUUGGAUAUAACGUAACUCGCUGCCAUAGUUAUAAUCUCACAGUCCACUACUGUUACCAAGUCGGAGGACAGGAGCAAGUGCGAGAAGAAGUAAGCUGGGACACAGAUAAUUCACACCCUCAACAUACGAUCACUAACCUUUCACCGUAUACCAAUGUCAGUGUGAAACUCAUCCUCAUGAAUCCUGAGGGACGGAAGGAAAGUCAAGAACUCAUAAUACAGACGGAUGAAGAUUUGCCAGGUGCUGUUCCUACUGAAUCCAUCCAAGGAAGUACUUUUGAAGAGAAGAUAUUUCUUCAGUGGCGAGAACCAAUUCAAACAUAUGGUGUCAUCACUUUAUAUGAGAUCACCUACAAAGCAGUCAGUUCCUUUGACCCCGAAAUAGACUUAUCCAAUCAAAGUGGAAGAGUUUCAAAACUGGGGAAUGAAACCCAUUUUCUGUUCUUUGGACUGUAUCCAGGGACCACGUACUCCUUCACCAUCCGAGCUAGCACAGCUAAGGGGUUUGGACUUCCAGCAACAAAUCAGUUCACCACCAAAAUAUCAGGUAUUAUACCUUUUACAGGUUACCAGAGCAGCAGCAUUGGAGAGAUAUCUGCAAUGAGCCGUGAACGACCGAGUGCUCAGCAGAAAGACAGCGUUAUAUGGAGUCUGCUUCCCGAAGGAUCAGCCUUCCUUGGGACCUUCACCAUUAGUAGUUGCGAUGACAGAGGGGUGGUACCAGGCACUUACAGCCUCCAGCUUUUUGCUG